AUGCGUUUUGAUUUUAUUGAGAAACGUUUUGCUUAUCUAUUUGCAAGAUAUUCUUUGAUUGUCGUCAAAUACCCAUAUCCUUUUAUUAUAAUUCCAUUACUGUUGACGGGAUUUCUUGGAAGUGGAAUUAAACAUCAUCCUGAGGCUUUUGUUAAGGAUGAUCUUAAUUUAUAUACACCAACAGAUGCUAAAGCUAGAAGUGAAUUAAAACAAUUAGAUGAAUUAUUUCAUAUUGAUGAUCAUGAUCCUUUUUAUGCUACAAGAAGGUAUGAUAUUAAACGAUCUGGAUAUAUUAUUGUUACUGGAGAAAAAGAAGAUUCUGAUAUAUUAAAUCCAUUAGUUAUGCAGGCAAGUAUGCAAUUAUGGAGUUUAAUUCAAAGUUUAACAAUUGAAGUUAAAGAAUCACAAAAAAUAAUUAAUUAUCCCAGUAUAUGUGUAAAAUUUCCAAUGCCUCAAGAAUUUACCAAUGCUAUUGCACAUUUUAUUAAUCCUAAUGUUACAAGUCCUGAAACAAUUUGUGUCUCAAAUCCUCUUGUUGAAGCAUUUAAAUAUUUUUUGUUAUCAGAUCAAAUAUUUGCCAAUAGAACAUUUGAUGAUCUUACAUUAGAAAAUUUAGGUGAAUCAAUAUCAUUAGAUGGUAUUGGAAUGGCACACCUUCUUGGUGGUAUUAUUUAUGAUGAUCAAAAAAGAAUAUCUGGAGCAAAGGCAAUAUUAUUACCGUAUGCCUUAAGGCACUCAACACCUGAGGAGGAUGAUAUAGCAGAGAAAUGGGAAUUAAAAUUAGCUGAUUUUUUAUUAUCAUAUAACUCUCCUGUUAUUAAAACAUCUUGGUGGACUUAUGAAACAUUAUCUUCUGAAUCAUCUAGAGAUAAGGAUCAUUUAAUUAAUAUGUUAAUUCCAUGUUUUAUUGUUGUAACACUUUAUACAAUAAUUUCAUGUUGUGUAGGAUCAUGGAUACGUUCUAGACCAUGGUUAGGACUUGGUGGUGUAAUAUCUGCUGCACUUGCAAUUAUAUCAGGUGUUGGUUUAUUACUUCAUUGUAAAUAUAGUAUGACAAGUGUAGCAUACUCAAUGCCUUUUAUCAUUUUUUCUGUUGGUGUUGACAAUAUUUUUAUUGUCCUUUCAGCAUGGAGGGCAACCAAUUAUGAUGAUAGUUUAGAGGAUCGAAUGUCUGCAACAUUUUCAGAUGCAGCUGUUUCAAUAACAGUAACUUCAUUAACAAAUUUUAUCUCAUUUUGUGUUGGAUGUUUAACACCAUUUCCAUCAAUAAAAAUGUUUUGUGUUUAUGCUGUUGUAGCAGUUUUUUUUACCUAUAUAUAUCAAUUAACAUUUUUUGCUGGUAUUAUGGUAUUAACAUCAAGAAGAGAGAUAAAUGGAAGAAAUUGUUUAACAUUUACUAGAGUAUUAAAAAAUAAAGAAGUUAAGAAAUGUAAAAAAGUUAUAAAUACUUUUUCAAAUAAUUCAAGAUAUAUUGAUUUUAAAGGAAAUAAUUUUAAAAGUAAUAAUUUUUCAAUUUCAUCCUCAAUUAAUGAAGAUUCUUUUAUGAAAUCAUUCUCCAAAAAUCAUCCAUUAUCAAAAUUUUUUCGUACCACAUACUGUGAUAUCCUCCUUCAUCCAUUUGUUAAAGGAAUGAUUUUAAUUUUAUUUAUUUUAUAUCUUAUCAUUGCUGUAUAUGGUUGUUUAAAUAUUAAAAUGGGCCUUGAACCUAAUGAUUUAUUACCAGAAAAUUCAUAUGGUAAAAGAACAUUAAGAAUGGCAGAAAAAUAUUUUAGUGAUUAUGGUAGUUCAUUACAUGUUUGGAUGUAUAAUUUAAGUCAUGUUGAUUUUGGUAGAAAAAAAAUUUGGAAUGUCUUAGAAAAAGAAAUUGAACUUUAUGAACAUACUGAAUUUACUGGUUUUAGUGAUUCAUGGUUAAGAAUAUUUUUAGAAUUUAUUAAAAAUUCUGGACUUUUAAUAACGGAAGAAAAUUUUGUUUAUUUAUUAAAAAAUGUUUUUCUAAGUCAACCAACUUAUAAUAAGUAUCAAAGAGAUGUUGUUUUUGAUCCAAGUGGUCAAUAUUUAGAAGCUUCCAGAGUACCAGUACAAUUACGUUAUGUUGGAACGAGUAACCAAUCAAAAGCAAUGCAUUUUUUUAGAAGAUUAGCUGAGACAUCAGAAUUACCAACAGGAGUUUAUGCAGAUUUUUUUCAAUUUGCAGAACAAUAUAAUGCUGUUCUUCCAGGAACUUUGUCAAGUAUUGCAAUAGCAGGAGUAGCUGUAAUAUUUGUUUCAUUAAUUUUUAUUCCCGUUCCAAUUGCUUCAUUAUGGGUGUCAUUUUGUAUAAUUUCUAUAAAUAUAGGUAUAUUAGGUUUUAUGACAUUUUGGUCAGUAAGAUUAGAUUUUAUAUCAAUGGUAACAAUAGUAAUGUCAAUAGGAUUUUGUGUUGAUUUUGCUGCACAUCUUUCAUAUAAUUAUUCUAAAGGAAAAAAUGUAUCUCCGAAUAAAAGAAUAAGAAAUGCUUUAUAUUAUGUUGGAACACCAAUUAUUCAAAGUGCUACUUCAACAAUUCUUGGAAUUUCUUUUAUGGCUUUUACUGAAAGUUAUAUAUUUAAGUCAUUUUUUAAAACAAUUGUUCUUGUUAUUGCACUUGGUGCUCUUCAUGGUCUUGUAAUUCUUCCAGUUUUAUUUACUGUUUUCCAUUGUGAAAAAAAAAUUAUUAAAGAUUGUGUUACUGAAGAAACAGCAAGUACAAAUACUGGUGAUAUUAAUUUACAAUUUGAUACAUUAAAUGAUAUAACACCAGCACGAAUACCUCGAAUACAGUAUCCAGAUAAAUUAAAACCUUAUUAUAUUUCAAAUGACAAUGUUAAUAUUCCAUCUCCAGAUUAUUUAGAUAUUAAUUUUAACACAAAAAAUUAUCCCUUUUCUCCACCACCGUUAACAACUUUUGCAUUUCAUAAUUCAUUUUUUGAAAAAACAUUAGAAAGGAAAGGUAAAACAAAUAAUAUUUAUGAUUAUCAUAACUCACAAAAUAUUUCUAAUCAAAUAUUAAGAAAUAACUUUACAAAAAAAGAUUAUGAUAUUGAAAUAGAAGACGAUGAUAUUGAUAAUAAUAUUUAUAUGAAUCCAACUAUGGACUAUGAAAGUGUUGACAGUACUUAA